CCAGUUCCCCUUCCCGUCGCCGUCCCCGCCAUCGCGGCGGGCGCAGCCUACCUCAACGCCCGAUCCGGCUUCUCCUACGAUGCGCGGAUGGCCUCCUGUAUCCUCCCCACGGUACUCGAUCUCGGCUGGGCUUCGUACCGGGGCCGUCUGAACCUAUUCUACCGGCUCGAGUCGCUCGCGACGUCCAAGUCAUCGGCCGACCGGCCCUUCCUCCUAUUCGAGGACCGGCGACACACGUACGCGCAGGCCUACGACAUGGUGCUGCGCUACGGAAACUGGCUGCGGACGCGCAUGGGCGUCGAGAAGGACCAGAUCGUGGCCCUGGACUUCCAGAACACGGACCAGUUCGUCUUCCUGUUCAUGGCCCUGUGGGCCAUCGGCGCCAAGCCGGCCUUCAUCAACUACAACCUGACGGGCAAGGCGCUGGUGCACUGCAUCAAGAAGGCCACCACGAAGCUGAUGCUGAUCGGGCCCGAGGCCGCGGCACAGGUGGGCGACGACGUGCGGAAGGAGCUCGGCGGUGAUAUCCGCUUCGAGGUGUUUGGGCCCGAGCUCGAGGCCGAGGCCUUGGCGACGGAUCCGGUGCGGUUCCCCGACGAGCUGCGGGCAGACGUGACGGGGGAGAGCAUGGCGAUCCUCAUCUACACUUCCGGGACAACGGGUCUGCCCAAGGCUGCUAUUGUCUCGUGGGCAAAAGUGACGGUGACCAGUGGCUUUACCAGUAGGUUUAUUGGGAUAAAACCCACCGAUGUCUACUAUGUGGCAAUGCCCCUCUACCACAGCACCGCCACGCUAAUGGGCUUCGGCCCCGCACUCCGCCAGGGCGCGACCAUCGCCCUAGGCCGCAAGUUCUCCACCUCCGGCUUCUGGCCCGACGUGCGGCGCCACGGGGCGACCAUCAUCCAGUACGUCGGCGAGACAUGCCGAUACCUCCUCUCAGCGCCUCCGCAGAUCGACCCCGCGACAGGCGAGAACCUAGACCGAAAACACUCAGUGCGCGUGGCCUUCGGCAACGGCCUGCGGCCCGACGUGUGGGACCGGUUCCGCGACCGGUUCGGCAUCGACACGGUGGCCGAGUUCUACGGCUCCACCGAGGGCAGCUUCGCUACGUACAACCUGAGCCGCAACCGCUUCAGCACGGGCGCCGUCGGCCGCGGCGGCUGGCUGUUCAACCUCGCCAUGCGCGGGCGCGUGGCCGUCGCCGAGUUCGACCACGACGCCGAGCGCGUGCGCCGGGACCCGUCGACGGGCCUCUGCCGGCGCGCGCGGCCCGGCGAAGCCGGCGAGCUGCUCUUCCACCUGCCCGCCCGCGACGUCGGGCGGCGCUUCCAGGGCUACUACGGCGACCGCGAGGCGACGGGGCGCAAGGUGGUGCGCGACGUGUUCCGGCGCGGGGACGCGUGGUUUAGCACCGGCGACGUCGUCCGCUGGGACGCCGCGGGGCGCUUCUACUUCGCCGACCGCGUCGGCGACACCUUCCGCUGGAAGAGCGAGAACGUGUCCACCGCCGAGGUGGCGCACGUGCUAGGCCUGCACCCGGCCGUGCGCGAGGCCAACGUCUACGGCGCCGCCCUGCCCCACCACGAGGGCCGCGCCGGCUGCGCCGCCGUCGUCCUCGACCCGUCCGCCCUCACCGCGGACGGCACGGGAGCAGUCACAGGGGACGCGCUCAAGAGCCUGGCCGACCACGUCCGCGCCGGCCUGCCCAGGUACGCGCUCCCGCUCUUCCUGCGGGUCGUCCGCGGCGGGGCGGCGGCGAUGCGGACGACUGGCACGAACAAGCAGCAGAAGCACCAGCUGCGGGAGGAGGGCGUGGCGCCGGACAGGACCGGCGGCGACGAUGUCUACUGGCUGAGGGACGGGACGUAUUCCAGGUUUGGGCCCGGCGAGUGGGCCGAGCUGGCGGGCGGGCGGGUCAAGUUGUGAAGAAUCAAUAUCAUGAGGAAACGAUGUCAUGUCCCAUGUGGUGUGGUGUGUCGGUUCGAUCUAAAUUCAGGCGACGAGUCUGUUCUUUUCCGGUCGAUAUGUAAAUAUCAGUAUUAACAGUCAAUACGCUUCAUGUGCCAUAUAACCUCGUUAUCUUUCG